AGUAUAUAAAAGUCAUGGAAAGCGGAUCGUGUCCACUACAGAGGUCCCAAGACACACACAGACACACACAGGCAUCACCAUCAGCCGUCUGAACAAACCAGAACCAUGAAGGUCUACUUCGCAGUCGCCAUGGCUUGCUGCCUCAUGACGUCAACGUUUGCCCAGUUCGGCAUGGGUGGCAUGGCCGGUGGUAUGUCACCUAUGGGAGGAAUGGGCAUGGGUAGCAUGAUGCUCCCUCUCCUCUCCCGCGGCGGCGGCGGUAUGGAAGGUAUGUUGGGCCUGAUGUUGAUGUCUUUUUUGAUGCAGCAGGGCGGAGGAGGAGGAGGAGGAGGCUUGGGAGGCUUACCCUUCCCCCUCUUGAUGGCCUUGAUGCGCGGCGGCGGAAACGAGAUGAUGCCCCUGCUGUUUUCAUUGAUGGGUUCACAGGGCGGCGCCGGGGGACUCAUGAACAACCCUUUUAUGAUGAUGACGCUCAUGCAGCAAGGAGGAGAUGCUAUGAAAAUGAUGCCCUACCUUUUGAUGCAGAACAACGCUGGCGGCGGUGGCGCGGGAGGUCCAGUUGAUCCAACAGGAGGUGCCGGCCCCGCAGGUGGCAUGUCAUCGAUGGCGCCACUUCUGAUGAGCGGAGCGAUGGGAGCGUAGAAAGAACACCCUCGUUUAACCUUAACAAAUAAAAAUCCACGCCAUCUUAGCCCCCUUUUCUUUUAAUCUGUCUAUCUGCUGGUCAGUCUCUCGUUUCCACCUUGAGAGCAGGCAGCGUUUCAAGACACAGCUUCAGAUCAAGAGUAUCACUCAUGUUUGUCUAAUAGUUUAAGACGUUGAGGGUAUAUCUUAAUAUAUUCACUUUUGCCAAAAACCAGUUGAAAAGUUUCUGUGAGACCGAUUAGGGACAUCACAAUCGAUAAUAUUUUACCUGAAACACAAGGGACAAACACAGUUCUGAAAGUCCGUAGUCUUGUUUGGCCGGGGGCAAUUGGAUUUUUAAAAAAUUAAGUCUGAAGGUCAGGACAAAAGAAAAACGAUGGACCCGAAGGCUACUGGCUCCCUGAAAACUCCCUCUUAAAACUGUCUCUUAAGAACACAGUUAUACCACUAUUUGUGAAGUUCAUGUCCUUUUACGAGAGUUAUAUUCUGGGCAUUCUUCUCCCAGAAUUCAACUCUUCAUUAAGCUACAACAAAUGGCGAGAAAAGGGUUUGUCGUAUUCUUAUGAGUGUGUCUGUGUGGACCUCUUUGGGAGCGAAAAUGUACUUGUUUUACUCUGCACUGUGGUGCUUUCAAUAAAUGUUGGUUACUGUCUUAUGAACAUAUUCGGUUUGGAUGGUUUACUUAUAAAAGAGAGGCAUAUGCAGAAGAAAUACGAGUUAUAGCUCAAGGUAUACCUCGCACCGAUGACAUUCGCAAACUGUGUUUAUUCUAGGAUUUCUGGUUUACAUUUUUAUGUCGGUGCAUUGUGAAAUUUUGAGUAAAAACUUUGUUUUUUAAAAGUGUGAACGAGAAAGUUACGAUACAUAUUCCAAUAAAUCAUUGCCGUAUGGUUAUUUUGCUAAAACA